AUGGCGCUGCUGCUGGCGCGCCGCGCUCUGCUGGCCGGCGGCCGGCGGGCCCCCCGCGCCCCGGCCCGGCCCCGCGGUGAGCGCCGCCUCUCGCCCCUCGGCACCUUCUCCCCGCCGCUCCUCCCGCCGCCGCCCCGCCGAGCCCCCUCUCUCCCCGCUCUGCCCGCAGCUCCGCCGGCGGCGCGGCUGUGCUCGGGAGCGGCGGGCGAGGCGGCGGCGGCGGCCGGCGGGGCCGGGGCGCUGCUGCGGCACCUGUGUCGCAAGCUGCGGGCCAGCGGGCCCGUGACGGUGGCCGAGUACAUGCGGGAGGCGCUCACCAACCCCGCACAGGGUUACUACACCCGCCGCGGCGGCAUCGGCGAGAGCGGGGACUUCAUCACCUCGCCUGAAAUAAGCCAGGUGUUCGGAGAGUUAAUAGGAAUAUGGUAUAUUAGUGAAUGGAUGGCCAUGGGCAAACCUAACACCUUCCAGCUGGUGGAACUGGGCCCAGGGAGGGGCACCCUUACUGAGGAUAUAUUACGGGUCUUCAGCCAGCUCUCCUCUGUACUUAGUAAAUGUGAUGUCUCUGUUCACCUGGUAGAAGUGAGUCCCAAACUCGGCGAGAUCCAAGCACAGAUGCUGACAGGAGGGAAGGUGCAGCCAAGCCCCAAGGACGAGUCUGCUUACAUGAAAGGCAUGAGCAAGACUGGAAUUCCCAUUUUUUGGUACAGAGACAUUCAGGAUGUGCCAUCAGGUUACAGCUUUUACCUAGCGCAUGAGUUCUUUGAUGCCUUGCCAAUACAUAAAUUUCAGCGAACUGAGAAAGGCUGGCGGGAAGUGUUGGUUGAUAUAGAUCCAGAAGCUCCUGAUCAGCUGCGGUUUGUCCUGUCACCAUCCAGCACUCCUGCAACAGAAAACUUCAUCCAACCAGAAGAAACGAGAGAUCACGUGGAAGUGUGUCCCGAGGCUGGUGUCAUCAUCCAGAGGCUUGCCUGUCGCAUAGAGAAGGAUGGUGGGGCUGCACUGGUUGCGGAUUAUGGCCAUGAUGGAACCAAAACUGACACCUUCCGGGGUUUCCAGAAUCACAAACUUCACGAUGUGCUGAGCGCUCCUGGCACAGCAGACCUGACAGCAGAUGUUGAUUUCAGCUAUCUUCGAAAGAUGACACAGGAAAGGACAACUACAUUAGGCCCCAUAAAACAGCGGGAGUUUUUAAAAAACAUGGGCAUUGACCUCCGGUUGCAGGUGCUCUUGCAGAAUUCACGUGACACAGCAACUCGUGAGCAGUUACUUCGCAGCUAUGAUAUGCUGAUGAAUCCUGAGAACAUGGGGGACUGCUUUAACUUUUUUGCCCUGCUCCCUCACCACAGACUUGUACAUCCUGACAAGAAAGAUAAGCCAGAAUCAAAGUCUCCCUUACCACCUGUUGCUGGAUUUAAUGAACUCCUACUGAAGUAAUUUCAAGUACUAUAGCAAAA